GAUAUGACUUCAGGGUUAAAGCAUGUGGCUUCCAAAUAAUAUUUUGGGAGAUCAAACGCCAAUCUGCGUUCCUUAUUUUUGGUUGCCAAGUAAAAUCACCAACCUUCAUUGUUUCAAAAGUAAGUAUGGGUAGUUGGCAGAAGGGUCCUACUACCCUCAUUAUUAUUUAAAAUAUAAUUACAAGUGCGUUCCAGUUUAUCCAUGUCCCAAAUCUUCUUACAAAGUAAAUAUUCGGCUGGUACUUUGUUAGAGUGUUAGACUUGUAGAUUACUAGCGUAGAUGGUCUGUGUCAUAUGAUUGGGGGCCUACUCGAGUUAGACGCGAAUGGUGUGGACAUCUAGCUAAAGUCGAAGUCACACCUCACGAUUAGUGCCUAACAUGGCUUACCCUUUCGUAUCCAGGUUCUGUCUACUUUGGUGACCAUACAACACAAACGACGUUGUUACAGAAAUAUAUUAGUACGAGUAGGUUCAAGAAGCAAAGUGCGACCACUGCUUCAUGGAUCAGUCCAUGGCGUGCAAUUAACUGGUGCGUGUUGGUUGCCCUUGACAAGAAUCAGUGAAUUGUUCGACAUUCAGUGACCCGACAAUCGGAUGAUUUGGCUAGGAUACUGACAUUUCGCUGGCCCUACAGAAUUUCUCGGGUUCACUAUUCCCGAACUACAGUGAAACACCAAAGAUCUAUAAGAACGAAAACCUCACGAACAAUGUUAAUCACAAUGAUUCUAAUUCAUUUCCCAUUCUAUGUGAGACAUGCUUAGGACCAAGUCCCUUCGUUCGAAUGAUGAAAGAGAAAUAUGGCAAGGAGUGUAAAAUUUGUGACCGUCCUUUCACUGUAUUUCGUUGGUGCCCUGGUCCCAAAGCCAGAUUCAAAAAGACUGAAGUCUGUCAGAGCUGUGCAAAGAUCAAAAAUGUUUGCCAGACCUGUUUGUUCGACCUCGAAUACGGUCUUCCUGUUGAAGUCCGUGAUAAAGCACUUCGUUUAUCACAACAAUUGCCGAAAAAUGAUGUUAAUCGAGAAUAUUUCCACCAGCAAAUUGAACAGAACCUUGAAGUGGAAGGUGACAUAACAGCUCCAUAUGGAGGAAAUCAGCUAAUUGGAAAAGCUAUUUCAAACACAGCAUCGGCAAGCAGUUCUAGCGGUGGUGGAGGCACAGAUUUACUUUUAAAGUUAGCCCGUACUGCACCGUAUUAUCGUAGAAAUCGCCCACACAUAUGCUCCUUUUGGGUGAAAGGUGAAUGUAGGAGAGGAGAAGAAUGUCCAUAUAGGCAUGAAAAGCCUACCGAUCCUGAUGAUCCUCUUUCUGACCAGAAUCUAAGAGAUCGUUACUACGGUCACGAUGAUCCAGUGGCAGCCAAACUGCUGUCGAAAUAUGACACAAUGCCUAAACUUAUUCCUCCUGAGGAUCGUACAAUAACCACACUAUAUAUUGGGGGUAUUCCUGAUGGAAUGACUGAAAAAGACCUUCGCAAUCAUUUUUACCAGUUUGGAGAGCUGCGUUCUGUUAAUCUCCAUGCCAAACAACAUUGUGCUUUUAUACAGUUCGCAACUAGAGGUGCUGCUGAACGUGCGGCUGAGCGGACUUAUGACCGAUUAAUUUUGGGUGGUCAUAGACUAACAGUCAAUUGGGGGAAAUCACCAGCAGCUUUGGCGGCUGCCAACUCUCACUCAUCAACAGAAGCUGGUGAUAUAAGUCUACCUCCUGUUCCUGGUUUGCCUUUGCCACCUGUUUUACCGCCUACCAACUUACUAAAUAAAGCUAUGACUAUCGGUCUUAGCGGGAAUUUCUUUAUGACACCUCCACCACCGCCACCUCCCCCACCGCCUCCUACUACCAAGUCACUAAUAAGUUCCAGUUCCGAUCAUGUGUCCAGUAGUAAGAUGCCACUUAUUCCACCUCCAAUUCAACUUGCACCACCAGUUGCUGAACCACCACCUCCUGGAGAAUUGUUCUUACGAGGUCCACCGCCUCCACCUUUGCCUCAUUUCACCGUACGUCCAAGUUUAUUACGAAACCCUCCACCAUUAGCACCUCCUGCCCUACGCGAUUCAAGCUCAUCGUCUUUGUUGCCUAUGCCUCCCCCUCCGCCACCGCCGCCGCCUCCACCUCCUCUUAAGUCACAACUCAGCACAACAAUGACUUCAACAUUGAAUGAAUCAAAGGCUAGUAAAAACACACCAGCUGAUGAUGAUCAAUUGGGUAUUCAUUAUCCAAGCCAAAAUCCUCAACGGUUGGGUAGUGUACCACACACUGAACAACAUGAUUGAAAAUGUAUACUUUUUGUUGAAUAUAAAUCAUCUGUCUUUUAUAACCACUCAAAGUCUUAUUUUAUAUAUUGUAUUGGGAUUAAUGGUCAUUUUUUAGUAUGUGAUCUAACUUGCUUCGUCAGGUUUGCGGGUAAAAAUACAUUUGUCUGUACUACAUAAACUUUCUCACGUAGAUUUUUGAUCCAAUUUUCGUAAUUAAUUCAAAAACUAACUUUAUAUUUGAGUAGUCGGCGCUUAUCUGUGCCUUUUUAUGGGAACUUGUUUCAAUAAUCAAAUCCUUUAAUCGGACUGAAGUGGGUUAAUUUUCAGGCGUAUAAACGUAUUGCAGAACCCCAGCUACCUUAGCGGCUUAGUCAUUCUUCAACAUCUGCCAUAUCCGUCAUAUAUUCGUGACUGGUUGAAUCUAAACUUUAUUAGUGUAGUUUAGGAUUGCGUAUAGCAAACGUUGGACCCUAUAUGAAAUAAUUUUCACAAAGUUGAAUAUUAUUUAUUUAAACAUAAACAUUCUCAAAAAGGGACACCAAUAUGUAUAUGCGUUAUACAAAGUAGUUAUCAAAUUUGUGUGUGGGGUCGCGCCACUGACCGAGUACCUAAACCAAAGCAGGUGGUUUUCUCAGAGGUCACUCCCCAAGGUUUUGACCAAUGGCUCUAAUCCACAAGGCAACAGAGUUGGGCGUCUAAUGAAUCUUUCAUCAGGAUCAGCAACAGACUGUCGAAAAUGUUUCCUGGUACCGAUAGUAGUGCGAUGCAUCCCGGGGAGGUAUCAUACUUCCCAGUCUUUCGGCACUUGUUAACAUAUUUGCAUUUACUUCUAUGUUUGGAUUCAGU